CGGGGCGAGUGGACCAUUCGCUUCCGGUACCAAGGUGCCUGGGCUGGGGUGGCGGAGGAUUGAAGUCCGCGGUUCUUCAGCGUUGAACUUUCUGGUGGGUUGUUCGCGCAGCCGGAGGCCGUAGAGCGGAUUCGCUCCGGCUCCGGGAAGCUCCGAGGCGUCGCAACUGGCGCACAGGCCCCGGGGCCCGCCGGCUGCGCCAUGGUCCAGCUCACUACUGUCCUUUGCAAGGCCUACCGUGGAGGCCACUUAACCAUCCGUCUUGCGCUCGGUGGCUGUACCAACAGGCCUUUCUACCGCAUCGUGGCUGCUCACAACAAGUGUCCCAGGGAUGGCCGUUUCGUAGAGCAGCUGGGCUCCUAUGAUCCAAUGCCUAACAGUCAUGGAGAGAAACUCGUUGCUCUCAACCUGGACCGGAUCCGGCAUUGGAUUGGCUGUGGAGCCCACCUUUCAAAGCCUGUGGAAAAGCUUCUGGGUCUUUCUGGCUUUUUCCCUCUGCACCCGAUGGUGAUCACAAAUGCUGAGAGGCUGCGACGGAAACGGGCACGAGAAGUCCUUUUAGCGGCUCAGAAAACAGAUACAGAGGCUACAGAAACAAAAGAGAACUGACUUCAGUGAACAUAAAAGUGGGAACAAACUUGAAGUCCUCUUAAAAUAUUUGUGCAGAAUUCUUAGUUUUAUUAUAUUUGGAGGUCAAUAAAUGGAAUUUUUAAAGUCA